AGAUACAGGCAAACAAGGAAAAAUGGAGAAGAAUCAAGAAGUAGUAUUAGGAGUGAGGAAAGGUGCAUGGACAAAAGACGAAGAUAUCCUUUUACGGAAAUGCAUCGAAAACUACGGCGAGGGGAAGUGGCAUCUUGUCCCUCUUAGAGCUGGUGUGAACAGAUGCAGGAAGAGUUGCAGGCUGAGAUGGUUAAAUUAUCUGAGGCCGAAUCUUAAAAGAGGAAUCUUUAACCAAGACGAAAUCGAUCUCAUUGUUCGCCUUCAUAACUUGCUCGGAAACAGGUGGUCGCUAAUUGCCGGUAGAAUCCCGGGAAGAACAGCGAACGAUAUCAAGAACUUCUGGAAAACCCACUUCCGAAAGAAGUCAUCCGGCGCCGGAGAAAGUUCCGGAGCGGUCAAAACCCCCGCACUGCAGGGAUGUAACAUCUUCCGACCCACACCUCGGACCUUGUCCAAAUCAUUUCAACACGUGCCGGAACAUUGUCCGAGUGACGAUGGACCAUCGGAUUCAUCAAUGUUCAAAAACAAGGAGCCGUUUCUCUCGCCAGUUGUGGAAGAAGGGGGAGAAGACGAUGGAGACGAUGAAGAAGGAGACGAUGAAAAAAUAGACGAAUGCAUUAAAUGGUGGGCAGAAUUGCUCGAAACAACGGAAAAUGGGCAAGGAAAUAAUUCAUCGUUGUUUUCCGACGACCAUUUGAUGAUUAACGAACCGUCGUCUGCAGCAAAGUUAACCCCGAAUGGAUUGUUUGAUCAUGCAAACAUCUUCGCAACUCAUAUUGAUAAUGGACUGACUGAUUUAUCCCUAGAUUUCGAUGAUUGGGAACUCUAG